AUGCAGCUACCGCCCGUAGGGAACGGAAGACACUCGGUAAACGCAAACAAGUUCCCUUGGCUGCGUCUCGCUUUGCAUUUGCAUCCGCAUCUUCCUAGUGCUCGAUCGUUCAUUCAUCAACAUAUCUUACGCGAGGUUUUUAUCCAUUUCAUCCUAGCCCGUUCACCUUGCAGACAGCUGUUGGCGAUGGCAGCAGGGUCGGAGGUUACCUUAUCAGUGUACACAAUACUAUAUGUUUUAGCGCGCGGUACUCCAUGA